AUGGCUUUAUGUGACUCAAACUAUUGCUUCAUAUGGAUUGAUAUUCGAGGUUUUGAUAUUCCUGAUCCCAGAUUUAUAACUAAUAAUGAAGAUAUUAGAGUUCCGUAUGUAAUCGUGGCAGACGAAGCAUUUGGUAUGUCAGAAAAUUUGAUGAGGCCUUAUGCUGGUAAAAUGCUAUCAUAUGAAAAAAAGAUAUUCAACUAUCGUUUAACCUUAGCACGCCGUUAUGUGGAAUACACAUUUGGAAUAAUGUGCAAUAAAUGGCGAAUACUACAUCAAGCACUUGAUAUAAAAAUUGAUUUUGCGGAAAACAUAGUUAAAGCCAUAUGUGUAUUGCAUAAUUAUGUCAGGAUAAGAGACGGCUUCAAGUACUAG